AAACAGCACUUCUGGAAUCAACAUGUCAUCACUUCCAAUUUCAAGUUGUUUCUCUCUUUUUGCAGGUGAAUUAGAGAAAGUGACUCCCAGAGCACCUUGGCUGUAUGAAGUCUUGAGCUGUCAAAGGACUGAGAGGCUUAUGAAGAGGUUCUGUCAGGCAAAACAGUGCUUAGCAAAGACACCAAGGAGGAGGGAAAAGGAGAAAGGGAGGGAAAGAGAGCUGAAACACUAACAAACCAUGAGAUCGAUCCGAUCUUUUGCUAAUGAUGACCGCCACGUAAUGGUGAAACAUUCAACCAUUUAUCCAUCUCCAGAGGAGCUUGAAGCUGUCCAGAACAUGGUCUCAACAGUAGAAUGUGCCCUUAAGCAUGUCUCUGACUGGAUGGAUGAAAAGAACAAGUCUGCCAAGUGUGAGGGUGAUGCAGAAGCCAAGGAGGUAGCUGCAGAAGGCACUGCCAAGGAUCAAGGUGGUCGGACGUUAUGUGGUGUUAUGAGAAUUGGCUUGGUUGCAAAGGGCUUGCUGAUCAAAGAUGAUAUGGAUCUGGAGCUGGUUCUCAUGUGCAAAGAAAAGCCCACAAAGACCUUGUUAUGUAUUGUUAAAGACAAUCUCCCAGCUCAAAUUCAGAAACUUACAGAAGAGAAGUAUCUGGUGGAGGAGCAUGUAAAUGAGGCAGCUAUUGUUAUCCAUAACACAAAGGAGCCCAAGCUCACUUUGAAGGUGAUACUCACAUCCCCUCUCAUCCGAGAUGAAGCAGAGAAGAAGGAAGGAGUAGAUAAUGUUGCGAUGAAAGAUCCUCCGGACUUAUUGGACAGGCAGAAAUGCCUGGAGGCCUUGGCGUCUCUGCGGCACGCCAAAUGGUUUCAGGCCAGGGCAAAUGGACUAAAAUCAUGUGUAAUUGUCCUUCGUAUUCUACGGGAUUUGUGCAACAGAGUCCCCACAUGGGCACCGCUGAAAGGCUGGCCACUCGAGCUUAUAUGUGAAAAAUCUAUAGGUACUUGUAAUAGACCUUUGGGCGCUGGGGAAGCAUUGCGACGAGUGAUGGAGUGUUUGGCAUCUGGAAUUCUGCUUCCUGGGGGCCCGGGGCUGCACGACCCCUGUGAGCGCGAGCCCACGGACGCUUUGUCUUACAUGACAGUUCAGCAAAAAGAAGCCAUUACACACAGUGCUCAGCACGCGCUCAGAUUAUCAGCCUUUGGGCAGAUCUAUAAAGUUUUGGAAAUGGAUCCCCUUCCAUCAAAUAAGUCAUUUCAGAAAUAUUCCUGGUCAGUAACUGACAAAGAAGGUACAGGCUCAUCUGCUCUGAAGAGACCAUUUGAAGACAGUGUCGGGGAUGAUAAAGAUCCAAAUAAAAAGAUGAAGCGUAAUCUGAGGAAAAUACUAGAUAGUAAAGCAAUAGAUCUCAUGAAUGCUCUGAUGAGGCUGAACCAAAUCAGGCCAGGGCUUCAGUAUAAGCUGCUGUCACAGUCUGGUCCAGUCCAUGCCCCAGUCUUCACAAUGUCUGUAGAUGUUGAUGGUACGACUUAUGAAGCAUCAGGACCUUCUAAGAAAACAGCCAAGCUCCAUGUGGCAGUGAAGGUUUUACAAGCGAUGGGGUAUCCAACAGGUUUUGAUGCAGAUGUGGAGUGUGUAAGUUCUGAUGAAAAAUCAGAUACUGAAGGUAAAAAUGAAACAAUGUCUUCAAUCUCAAGCAAUAAUAAUACUGGAAAUUCCACAGCUGACACCUCCGCUACCCUAGAGGUAAGAACUCAGGGUCCCAUACUCACAGCAAGUGGCAAAAACCCCGUGAUGGAGCUUAAUGAAAAGAGAAGAGGUCUGAAGUACGAGCUCAUCUCUGAGACAGGGGGAAGCCACGACAAGCGCUUUGUGAUGGAGGUAGAAGUAGAUGGGCAGAAGUUUAGAGGUGCAGGCCCAAACAAGAAAGUAGCAAAAGCAAGUGCUGCAUUAGCAGCACUUGAAAAACUGUUUUCUGGGCCUAAUGCAGCAAAUAACAAGAAAAAGAAGAUUCUUCCUCAGACUAAAGGGGUUGUCAAUACAGCUGUUUCUGCAGCAGUCCAGGCUGUUCGAGGCAGAGGACGAGGUGCUUUAACACGAGGGGCAUUUGUUGGGGCAGCUGCUGCUACAGGAUACAUAACACCAGGCUAUGGAGCACCAUAUGGAUACAGCACAGCAGCACCAGCCUACGCCAUAUGCACUUGUAUAAAAUAAGCAGAAAUGUAGUGACUGUAAGCUGAGAUCGUGAUAUAAAAGCAUAAAAAGCUGUGUUGAUACUGCUGUGUCAGGCACUGCAUUCCUUGCAUCCCUGUGGACACGUUUGGGUAGGUACCAAAGCCAGGCCAUGGCCUGCUGUGAAUGCCACACCUUAUUUCUGGCUAUGUGUGAUGGGUGACACUAAUAAUGAGAGAAAUGAUUUUCCUAAACUAUUAAACCCAAACUCCAAAUGAGGAAUGAACAACUUUGAUGAUAUUGCAGUUAAAAUCUGCAGAGAUCACAUUACAUUAGGCCAAAUUAAUUCAGGAAGCAGCCAGGUUUGCUUUCCUCCUGUGCUUGCAGUGCAGGACAGGAGGGCAGGCAGGGAUUUAUCUCUGCGUGAAUCCUUUGCUUAGCUGUGGUUUUCUACAGCUGGAAAUUAGGAUACAGCCAUCCAUAAUUAAUUGUUUUCAGUUCUGUAGUAAAUGUUUUAACAAUAUUUUACUUAGAUUAAAAUGGGUUUGGAUUAUGACCUAUUGGUGCACAUGAUAUGUGUAGUUUUAAAAUACUAUUUUUUUAUUUGUCUUUUAAACCUUGCGUUAUGCAAAGUUGCAUAGUACAGUGCUCCAGAAGUGCAGUACUUGCAGUACUUGAAGUUGCUGGAAACAACUCUUUUUAUAUAAAAAUGGUUAAAAAAUAAAAAAGCAAAAGGGAGCAAGCUGACGAUGAUGUAUUAGCAUUUUAGGGUCUCAAUUCAGAGAUGAAAACAUGAACAACCCCUGACUGGUAACAGCUGACACUGGUGUCAAACAGAAAACCACUAGGUACAGAAUAUAUAGUGGUGUAUCAAGCCCAAAGGUCUGCAUGAAAACACUAACAGCAAAUAUAAACUAUAUUUGAUUUUAAUAUUGAAUCAUCAAAUUCACUAAGUAACUGCAUGUAUGGGUUAUCCAUUGCUAAGGAUGUUUCUGGAUAUAAUUCAUAGGCUGCUAAGAGAAAAAGAGCUGUUCAAUAGUGUCAGCUUUGCUCCUGUGGGCAGGAACUUGCACCUGGGAAAUGAGCUGAGGACCUGGUUCCAGGGGCUGGCCCUGGAAGCACAUAAUCCUUCCAUGACAUCUGCAGGACAACUGAUGAGCAAUCAGAACGUCCUUCCUGUUCAGGGGGCAGGUUUCCAUCUGCUGUUAUCUUCAAGGUGCAAACUCAGGGCUGGCUCUGCAGCUCACCUACAUUUCAGUCCCUUUUUGAGCCUGGCAGGCCCAGCAGUGCUGAUCCUGGAGCAGCAGGCUGCUCUGCUCCUUCAGACAGGAUAUUAUAUUCAUCAAGGUGCAUUAUAAUGAACUUCUCCUGAAUAUUCCUUUCCUGAGCUUAACUGCUGUCAGGCUGACAAGCACUGUCCACUUCAAGGACUGAUAACAAACAUCUUGCUGACUCUCAUUUGAUCUGCUUCUUUGUGGACUGUGCUUGGCAUCUUAAUCCAUCUGUAUUUCUUUCCAUCAGAAUUGCUUUAACUGUGAAUUUCUGUAUUUUUCCGCCAUCACUCUUUUAACUCUUAAAAUCCUAAGCUUUCCACUCUCCUGCUGGUCUUUUAAAAUUAUCUCAACUUCACUGCAUCUUUCUCCUCUAGAUUUCUCUAAUACCCUGCUGUUAGUAAUGCAGUAAAGCAUUGCAGUAUUAUGUCUGAGAUGGCCCCUUGCCUUUGCUGCUUCCCUUUUUAGUAGGAGAGAACCAUUUUCUGAUAUGUGAAACACACUAAGAUUCCUAAAUCCUUAGGUUCUGCAGCCACUGGCAAUCAGAAGUAAGACCCUAAGGUGCCUGGGAACCCCUCUCAUUGAUGUGGAACUUAAGAAAAUAGCCCCAUGUAUUGAAGGGUCACAGAGUUGGCUCUGAAGUGCCCAACGUAUUCACAUUUGAAAGAGCAGCUAAUUCUAUCAGGAGGUUUUAGCCUAAUACCAAGCUAUCAUCUGAUGAGUAAUUUGGGUAACAUCUGCUUCAUCAAUGUUGCAACAAGCAUAGUUUUGCUAAGGCAGAACUAGAAGCUCAUUUCUUCUGCAUAAUUCUUGUAGGUUUCCUUUUAAAAGCCUCCUCACAGUAGCCUGAAUUGCCUUUUCUGUGGAGUUGGAGGUCUGUGUUACAGCUACUGAGCUUUGUAUUUCUGCAUGUACCCAAGAGCCAAACAUGUGAAUCUGGUUCUGUAUGCUCUGCGCAGCUGCCUGUAGCAUUACCAACUCUGGAGUACCUUUUCAGUCAAGCAGAAAUGGUAUUUUACAGUUUGAAUUUCUAGUUCAUGGAAAAGAAUUCUGAAAAAGUUCCUUUCAAUUAGUACAUCUAUAAAUAGCAGACCAGGGAAAGUCUGUGCCUAUACACUACCCACCUUAACGCUAGUUUUAGCUAACCAGAUGAUCGUGUGUAUUUUGGGAGAUGGUGUCUGGCACUUAAAGGAUUAAAAGCCAGAGAUUUACAAUAAAGAACCGACCCGUUUAAUGUGUUCUCUCUGCUGGAAAUGAAUGGCAUCACCACUGACUUUGGAAUAACACCUGUGAGCUUUAGGGGUCUGCUUCAGUCCCACUUUUGCCAGCCACAUGAGAUUCCUCCAGGCAUGCUCUGCCUAGACAUGGGUUUAGAGUAACCAGGCUGGUUUGGAGGGCUUGGCUAGCUCAAAGCAUGAUCUGUGGUGCUUCCUGCCAUCGUGUUCUCUUUCUGCCAGUGCUUGCUGUCUUCCUUAAGCACACAUUCAGGAGCUGGAACAUGGUGACCUUAUUCCUGGGCGUUUCGCCAGUUGGAUGGAGGGAGGCCAGCCUAUGCUCCUGAAGGGAAUGUGUAACACCAGGCCUCGGUUGCCCAAGCAAUUUCUGUUGGACACAGUGCACGAUCCAACCUUCACAAAGGCAAUUUAGUGCCUGGGUAGGUGGUUCCUAAUCUGUCUAAUUUGCUGUAGUGUAGCCAGUGUGAGCUAAUUAGAUGAUUCAGCAAUUGUCAUGGCUCCCCACUUAAUGUGCUGUAAAUGCUGCUGCCACAACAUUCAUUGCUGUUAAAUACCUUUGCUUCUGUGAAUUCUGUCCUCCUGCCCUGCCUUUUCUGAUCAUCUUCUAGUAUCUCAGUAAAUAACUGAUUCUCUCAAAUUAUGAAAUUGUUAUAUCUAAGUAUCUAGAGUCUUAAAAACUUUUAAGCAGACUGUGAAGCACUUCAGAGAAACUAGUUUUCCUACAAAUAUUUCAAGUUAUUCAUGUGCCAGAGGACUAUUUCUACUCAUUAACAAAGAUCUGAAAACUGCUCCAGUAUCUCUCAUCUCUGGAGACAAGCAUUCUUUCUUUGAGAACACUUGCCUUCUGGUAGGAAAAGAUUUAAAGUGUGUCUUAAUAAAAGACUGUGCCCUCAAGCCCCUGAAAUAACUUAAUUGCAGAAAAGGGCACAAAUCUAAAAUUUUGCUUUUAUUGAGCUAUUGAGAACAAUUUCCCUGACAACAAGUUCCUCAGAUUAUUAGGAUGCAGAAAAUGCAGGAGGAGGGGCAUGAAGAUUUUUCAAGUAGUUUAGGGGAAAAAUCUUGCUGUUUGUUGGCUGUUUAGCUCUGGGACAUCAUUCUCUUGUCACUUCUUUAUUUCCAAGACAGCAAUAAAUGUGAGCAGCUUUAACAUACCAUCUCUGAUCCAGUCCUGGAACCAUCCCUUGGAGAGUGAGCAUGGCACUCCCUGUUUUUUCUUCCACCAACUCCCUGAAAAAAAGUCCCUUGCUUCAUUUGUAAUUCUGUAUCUGUGCUUCUGAGCCAGUCUAGAGAUGGAAUUGCUGAGCAUCUCUCCAAAUGUGUAUAAAUGACAAGACAGUAUUUCAGUCUUUACUCAGACAAAGUUACAAGUUUCCUUCUGCCUCUUGUGCUUGGUAUACCAAGAUAUGCUCACUCAAUAUUAGAACUUCUUGCCUUUAGCUAAAUUCUAAGACAGUUGCCUGUUACUUAAUGAAGGGAAAACAAUGUCCCAGCCUCACUGAGUUCCAAGUCACAAAGCAGCUUACAAAAACAGCUCCUAUUUCCGGUGGCUCUGGGAAACAGCACAGCUCUGCUGCUGUGGAUUCCUUUGGCUACAUGAUGAGAUGUGUAAACAUGAAAUUCAGAUUGUUGUUCUGCCAUGAAACUGACUAGGACCUCGCCUCUCUGGCAUCAAAAGAAUGAAAAUGAGCUCUGUGCUGGGCACGCUGAGGAGCUCUGUUAGGAACGGCUGUUCUGUUUCAAGAAACAGUAACUCAGCUCAAAUGUUCAGCACACAGACCCUCUUGGGCUUCCUGCUGAAUAAUCCAGUGAAAAAUGAGGUAUUUUAUUGACUUGUUUAAAGCAGAGCAAAGAGACAGGGUAGCUGAAUCUGCUGUCUUAGUAUAGGAGACAGCUUGUCUAACAGCUUGUUGGUUUCAUUCCACUGGAAGUGGAAAUUCUGCUAAAGUCAUUUCAGAGCACUUCACCAGAGAAACCCAGCACUGAGGUCCUGUGCCCAUGGACCACAGCAGCAGUUUCACAUGCACUUUCUUUCGAACAUAAACCAUUUAAGCUAGUGGUUAAGUUGUCAUGAAGAGAAUUGUCAUCACUAAACUGUUUUAUUACUUAACCCCAGAGUGAUGUCUUCUUAGCUUUAUUUGUGUCAUCUGAACCCAUACCUAUUUAUGUCCAGGUAUUCUGGUGCUUUUUUUGCUCACAGAUACCACAUUCACUUGUUGGUUUGUAGCUGAUAUAUGAGAUAAUACAAAAGCACAAGACACAUCUGCCUGUUCCUCUGUCUGCUCCUCUCUCUGGUGUUUCCUUGGAGAAAGGGGCUCUUCCUCCCAGUCUGAUGCUGUGUAGGCAAGGCAAUGCUUUACUGUGAGUGUUGUGAGUUAGGUAAAAGUUCAUUAGACAGUAAGGUUUAAAUUCAGUAAAGUGGGUUUUUUCUCCAGUUCCUGAGAUUGAAUGAAAUGUUCAUGCCACAUUGUUUAUCUUGAUGUUUAUGAGGAGCUGAAUGUCCAAAAGUGGUGUGUGGAGAUGUGCAGUUCUAAAGCAUAUCUCUUAUUCUGGAUGUUGUUUUAUCUUGUAUUUGGUGCCUUAACUCUAGAAUUUAAGGUCAUAUAUACUGUACCACAGUAUAUAUGUAGUACACAGGUGGUUCAGUACUUGUGUACUUUAAAAGAACCCAUCAAGCCUACUCUACAGAAACUCUUAUACAGACUGAAGCUUUCUCAGGGGGAGUACUCUUCCAUGUUUAAUUAAUAACCCACCAAGAAGAGACAGUUACAAGAAUAUAAAGAGCAUUAAAAAAUGUUAACUGCAGAGACUGAAUUUAUCUGAGACUGAAUUUAUCUACUUUCUAGUUUCAAAGGUUUGGGGCAGUAAGAUAACUAAAGCUGCAGUCUCUUCUCUGCUGUGUAAGUAAACAACUUCAAAAUGUUUUCGCACCAGCCAGAACUGCAUGUUUGUGAAAACCACUGGACUGUUAUCUCUACUAGAAUAAAUAACACUUAAUUUUAAAAGGCAUUAAUUGAAUGUAACUGGCUAUCCUUCAUUGGUUAGUAGAGUUGGAAUGAGUAAGAGCUGCAGUUAAUUUUUAAUUGAACUUGAGCCUCAUUUAUACCUCUAACCAAGAUCUAGAAGCUCCAGCUGCCUUAUGCUGCAAAGCAGUUCAUGAGGUGUAGUGCAGCAUCAGCUUGAACACAGGAUUUCUGAAUGCAUCUGCUUCUGGCAGAAUACACUGAGGCAAGAGAGAGAAAAGAUAACAAUGGAAGUAGAAUAUCCUUCUCCAGUUUUAGAGGUAAAGCAUCAUAGCUAGAAGUUGGAGGGAAAGUAGCACUGCCUUUUCCAAGUCCAUUAAGAGAGUCUGUGGUAAAACCAGGAGGUUUAUGUGUGCUGGGGAAAUAGCAGCUUUGUGUACUGUGAGCAGGGGGAGAUGGGAUUGCUUUUUUAAUAGUUAGUGAGAAAUCAGGUAAGAGGUUUAAGUUAUCCAUACAGCAGGCUAAAAGCUGCUAAUGAUGUUGCUACAGGAGAAUUUAUUUUUUCUGUUCAGUAAGUAAGUCCAGGACUGCUGGUUUUCCAGAGGAGGAAUGCAAGAAAUACAAUGGGCAAAUUUUGUUUCCUGAUGCAGCCCUACCCAAAACAGAGAGAUAGUUCCAGGCAGUGUACAGAGCAUGCAGUUGAAUUUUGGGAGGGAGGAAUAAUAGUAAUUUCCUCCAAAGUAAUAGUAGCUGUUUCUGCAAUGCCCACAGUAUUCUAGACAAGCUGCCUUUACACAGAGGAGCAUGGCAACAAGGGAAAGCAGGUACUGCUUCCACAAUGACCUGUGCAAUGUACACAUUUCAGGUCGCCAGUAUUGGUGUAAGUCCUUAUGACAAAGUAGGUUCAUCUUACCAGCAAAGUGUAUUUUGACAUUCUAUCCACUUCUAUUUUUUAAGCUAAAGGGGAGUUAAUCAUAGCACUCAUCUGUUUCGAAGGGAGUAGAGCAGAAGGUAAGUUUUAACUUCAUACUUUGAAGCUGCUAUGAAUAGAUAAACAGUGUUCCAUGGAAACAACCUGAUGUACUUAUUUUCUUCGAGCUUCAUUUCUGUGUUCUUGCAAAAGCACAAGCUUGUGUAAGCGUAAUCAAUACAAAGUUACUCAGGGUACUGCAUCAUCUCAGCAGUGGACACUAACUGCAUCUUAAGUCAACAGGCACACAUAUAUCAAGCUUAAUUAAGAGGAACAGGACAUCUUGGCAAGUUUUGCUUUACUAUUGGCACUGCUACAAUUUAAUGAUCUAUGCAUAUCGAAAUGUGUGUAUUGCUGCACUCCCAACAGAAUGUGAGUCUUGUAAGGGUGUCCUGUAAAGUAACAAAGUCAGGGUAAGAGAGACAGUAUUUAUUCUUCUGUCAUUAUUUUCACAAAGAACUGUUUCUAAGCAGAUGGAAUGUCAUUCUGCUCAAAGGAGAAUAACGGUGGGCUAAAGCACAGCAUUCAGAGCAGUACAGCUUUUGAAAAGUUAGUGAUCCUAUGAAUUUAAUUAUAAAAAUUCUGAUUUGCAGUACAGAUUCUUUCCUGUAUUUUUAAACUCAAUAUCACUGUUUCCCUGCUCAAAAGAACAAGAUAAAUACAAGUGUAGUUUUCUAAUAACAUCUAGUGCAUGGAAAUCCACAUACACUGGAAGAAAAGGGAGGCUGUACUGCAGAGAGCAUAUUCAACUACAGAGCCAUUCUCUGGGCAAUGCUGCAUAAUUUAGGAGUGGGUAACCAUGCCUUCAGGGACAACAUGACACAGAGCAGAUGGUUGAAAAAAAAUCACAGAAAAAAGGCCUCCAAGCUUUGUCCAGUCAUACAUUUAUCCCUCCCUGCAAAAGGGGACAGGUACAUUCAUACAUGCAUAAUGAGUUAUCUGUCAGGCAUCACAGAGGUCCUUAAGGACAAAUGUUUUGGAGCCAGUCUCCUUUUGGACAGAAAAAGGAGGAAGUUGACUCUGUCUUCCAGUUCCAAGGUGCAGUGUCUUAUUUCUCAUCCUAACCCUAAGUCAAUAUUUAUUGAUCAAACUGACUAAGCUUUUUAGGCCGACCAGCUCUCUACGAAGCAAUUCUGUUCUCUUGAGCCUCUGCAGGGGCCAGUAACUGGUGCUUAACUACUGCUUCCAGUCCAGAAUGUCACCGUCCUCCAGCUGCCCCAGAGCCAGGCUGGGACACUUGCACUUCUCAGAGAGCAACACUGCUGGGGGUGGGGGCUCUCCAAAGCACUGAAGUACGACAGCAGAGCAAGUGCCAGUGGGCUGUAUGCUUUUUAAAGUCCUGUCCAGUUCUUAGUGACAAAGUUGAGCAUGAAACCUGUACUGCCAAAUGUACCAGCCCCUUGCUUAGAAGGGCAUCAAUGGGAAGCAGUCUCAGAAGUGGAGAUUUUGAGGAAAGGCUGGUGCUUUCCAAGGCCAACUCACAAGCUUUUUUAAUGGUUGAAUUUCCACCAACCAAAAAGCACCAUCAAUGAAAUCAAUUAAAAUUGCUGCUGAUUUUGGGCUAAAAUACCACCUUUGUGUAACCCAAACCACCAUGCAUCUAAAGAAUUCUUAGGCAAAGACUUGUCAGGAGGCAGAGCCCUUCAGACAGGAAAUCUGGCAGUGCACUCUGAUGUGACUUACUGAUGAUAAUUACUUCUCCAAGACAAGGCAAAGACAGAGGCAGUGCUUUGGGGCAGUGUUUCAUGCUCAGCAAGUUUGUAGAGGGAAGGAAUGAAAUUCUAUAAAUCACUUGUACUGUAUUUGUUUCUAGACUUGAAUGAAUUUCACUUUUCCUUUGUGAGUCAGCGUAUAAAACGUUAAAGAAAAUGUCUAUUUUUCUAAAUCUCUUUCACCAAUAGAGGUCUGACCUGCAGCCAAGAGAUGGGUUUAUUUAUCCACAGAGGAUGGAGUGUUUAUUUCUGAACUAAGAUUGGAUAUGGCAUUGAAUAAAAAGAGUAUGACCUAUAAACUAUCUAAACCUUAAAUACUAUGAACAAAUUCCACAAAUAAGUAAUAUGGUGGAUGAUUCCAUCUUUCUUCCCAAUAAAUCUCUCUCAAAGAAGUUAUCCAGAAUUAAACUUCCAAAUGAAGUACAAGAGAUCCUUGUGGUCUAAUUACAGACUACUUUCAAAAUACUUCAGUUUUCUCCCAAUUUGUAAUCAGUAGAGAACAAUGAUAACUGAACUAUUCAAAACUAUAAAUAAAGCAAUUUCAAAUAAAGUAAUUUGGCAACAACCAUGGCUAUUUAUAGCACUAAAAAUAUAAUUUGAACAUUUGAAUUUUCUUAAUUUGGUAGCAGUUGAGUGGGAAGAAAAAUAACUGCACAGUGAAUUUUAAAUUGAGCUGUAUCUACUCACUGGCCAAAAAAGCCUGCAAAUGUAAAGGGAACACUCUUUGUACCUUCAGUUGCUUCCUCCCGUGCUGCUGUACCCCAUACACUUGGCUUCAUUUGGCUUCUGUGCUGUGGUUUGUACGCCAGCCACUGUUACUGACUGUACACAACACGAUCUGCACUGUAAUCUCGGGUCAUUUCCACUGGUUGUAACCCAACACUACAGACUUCUCUGUAUAUAAAACCAGAACCAUGUCCCAUUUGCUUCCAAUAGCUCCAAUAAAGACUUAUCUCUGUAAACAGGAA